CUUUUCGAAGGUCAGCAGGAUAGUAGUUGUACUCGCGCGUAAUUCGUAAUUGUGGUUCGGCUGAUUGCGGGGUUGAUUCGGACUUUUUUUUUGAAUUUGAUUAUCGGACAAGAUAAUGAGUGCGAUGCGAUGUCUGCAAAUUUGCUUUUUUUUGUGUUACUUUUUUGAACGGAGCGAUGCCGUUGGGAUAAGAACCGACGAGGAACCUGCUACCGGUUCGUAUGACGUCGAAGCUGUUUUGGGCAAAGUUGCCAAGUUACCGUGCGAUAUUGAGCCGGCGGAAGACAAUGAUCGAGUGCACAUUAUUAUAUGGUUUAAGGAGAUUCGGAACAAGUCGGAUCCUGAUGCCAAAGGGAAACGAAUACCGAUUUUUUCAUUGGACGCUAGAGACAAGGCUAUAGGACACGCUAAAGAGUGGAAGGACGAGAAAAUUUUAGGCCAAAGAUCAAAAUUUCGUCUAAAAGAUCGUCCGGCCACUUUAACAUUAAACUCAGUACGUGAAGACGAUGAUGGCAUCUAUUAUUGCAGAGUGGAUUUCAAACAAACACCCACUCGAAAUAUUAAAGUUAAUCUAACCACAAUUGUACCAACCGAAAAACUCAAAAUAAUCGAAGGUUCCGAUGAUAAGCACAUCAAGGAUUACAAAUUGGGACCUUUUAACGAAGGCACUUCUGUUAAUAUCACUUGUGAAGCUUCUGGAGGUCGUCCUUUGCCAAAAGUCACUUGGUGGCUGGAAAACACCCUUCUAGACGAAUCCAUGGACUACGUCACCAACGACCAACAAGUUACCAAAGUCCGAAACGUCUUGACAAUCGAAAAGUUGGACAGAAAAAGCCUCAACUCAAAGUUCACUUGUCAAGCGUCCAACAGCCGAUUGGUCCAUCCUAUUGCUAGCACCAUCACUAUGGACGUCAAUUUGAAACCUCUUUGGGUAAAACUUCAAGGGGCGAACAAACCAUUAUCGGCCGAUCAUACUUACGAGCUCGAAUGCGAAGUUGUGGGUUCGCGUCCAGAACCUACGAUAACAUGGUGGAAGGGUAGCGUGCAAAUGAAAACUACAAGAGAAACGACAAGUUCAGACGGUAAUACGACUACGAGCAUCUUAACAUUUGAUCCAACAGUGGAAGACGCCGGAAAAUAUCUUUCCUGUCGCGGCCAGCAACCGCUCAUACCAGAAAGUGGUAUAGAGGACGGUUGGAAAUUGGACAUAUAUCAUAUUCCUUUGGUCACAUUGGAACUGGGCAGCACUUUAAAUGGUAGCACAAUCAGAGAAGGAUUGGAUGUUUAUUUCGAGUGCAAUAUUAAAUCGAAUCCUUGGGUGUAUAAAAUCAGUUGGAGACAUAACGGCAAACAAUUGUACAACAAUUUAGCAGCGGGCAUUAUCGUAACGAAUCAAAGCCUAGUGCUGCAAUCAGUAACCGUGGCACAAUCCGGCCAUUACACUUGCGUCGGUCACAAUCAAGAAGGCGACGGCGUCAGCAAUUUGGUCCUUUUAGACGUAAAAUUCGCUCCUGUUUGUAGGCCGGGACAACAAAAAGUUUUUGGCGUGGCCAGGCACGAAACGGCUAAAAUCGCUUGCGAAGUCGAAGCGAAUCCCAUAAGGGAUGUACAAUUCAUUUGGAAAUUUAAUAAUUCGGUUGAUGCUUUUCAAAUACCACAAAGUCAAAUAUUAAGUGAAAAAUCAAGAAGCAUUGCAAUGUUUAAACCGAUAACCGAGCAAGAUUAUGGGGCCUUAUUAUGUUGGGCCAGAAAUGAAAUUGGAAUGCAACAAGAGCCUUGCGUUUACUAUAUAAUUUCUGCUGGUAAACCAAGUGCACCGUCCAAUUGUUCAGUAUCUAAUCAAACCUCUGAAGCAGUCUAUGUUGAGUGUUCGGAAGGUUUCGACGGAGGUUUGCCUCAAGUAUUCGUGAUGGAAAUGUACGAGACUCAGCUCAGAAAGUUAGUGAGCAAUGUGACGUCAAAAGUGCCGGUGUUUGUGGUUACCGGCUUGGAAAGUGGUAUGGGGUUCGAUAUAAGUUUGUACUCGGUUAAUAGUAAAGGUCGGAGUGGUUUGACUCGGUUGUCGGGGUUUACGUUGAAAGGAGCUGAGAAAAGAACAGCUUCUUCUCCAAUUCUACUCGAAAUCACCCCUCUCCUAGGAGCCCUAAUAGGAGCCAUAGCAGCUCUAAUACUAAUAGCAGUCAUAAUCGUCAUAGUCAUAAGACUGCGCGGAAGCAACGACAGAGAUGACAAGGACAAUGACGAUUGGGGCAUCGCAGAACGUAGAUGCGUCGCGUCUGUCAAUAAUACUGAUAACAAUAAGGCUAUUAGUCCAUCGAAAAAUACCCUUAGUGGUAGCGUGGAUAGUUUAGAAGAGAAAAACCCGGACAUUAUUCCUCAGAAUUCGAAUGAAGAACAACAUUGUCCGAUAAGGGUUUACCAGAAUCAAAUACCGAAUGGGGGAUACAGGCAAGAAAACAACGAAGUUACCUACGCGGAACUUUCAUUGAACAACCAAAUGAUCUACAACCAACCCCCGACGUUGAUACGACGUCCAGAGCCGACUGUGUACGCUCAACUAGACAUGGCGCGGACAUCACAGGGCGGUUUUCAGACUUUGCACCAUCCCCAUUUGCGUCCUUUGAGGACCGAACAAAUAAUUUUACCGGACGGUGCUGAGAUACCUUUACUUGGACCGACUUUGAGGGUAGAUAUUGAGGGUUUAAGGUCGACCCUUCCUCGUCCAGCUUCAGCUACCCGAUUUUGACCUACUAUCACUUAAUUAGAACUUAUAAUUGCGUCCAAAGAUGAAGACCUGGUUUAUUUGUAAUUUGCCCAGCAGUAUUUUAUGUGAAUGUUAUUAUUAUUAGAUUAAAUUGUAAAUAAUUUAUAAUAAUAUAUAGGAUUUUGAAUCAAAUAUAUAUAAUCGCUGUAUGCUUAAAUUAUUCUUAUAUGGACUUGAAUCCAUAUAUAGAAACUCAUAAUGCUUAAUUAUACAAUUUUAAAAUUAAAUUAAAUGUUAUAUGUACCUAUUUAGAAUAAUUUAACAGAAUAUUAUGUACAGUUUUAACAGGGUGACUCAAAAAAAAAAACUCAGAUUUUGUUAGCCCUUACAGGGUGUCUGAUUAAAAACAAUUUACAGCCACCCUGUAAAGUCAUAUGUUAAAUAAAAUAAGUCUGAACAAAUCUGUGAUAUUUGUCAAUAAAAGUGUUUUAGUCGAAAA